AUCGACAGCACUCCGCACCCGUCGACCGGCUGCUUCGACGCAUUCAGUCUGGCACCAGGCACCCUCACGCUGGCCAUGGAUGCUGCAGCACCGCACAAUCGUCGACUAGCGGUGUCGAUGCAUUCCAGCCCCCCGGCAAUUGCACACUUUGUUAGUCCGCCGAAGCGCCGGGCUGUCGAUUGCUUUGGGGGUGGGCACCACAGCGGCUACUCAAGGAAUGCACCACCCCUGAUAUUGACAGCUAUCAUCACGCGCGCACUGCUGCGCUCAUCGUUGCACGUGUUCAGCGUUCUGCAACGUUCUCUGUGCUGUCCAUCCCCAACGCUGUCUAUGUCUUAUCUGCUGAAUGCUCGCUGA